AUUCAACUACCAGUAGGUAAAAGAUCUCAAAUUCUCCGAAACCCUUCAAUCUACACACUUUUUUCUUGUUAGAAAACACUUAGUUUCGACAGUCCGAAGUAUUUGCCAUUCCAAUUCAAUAAACUUGAUAUAUUAUUAGAGGGAAAAUGAGAUUUCUUGUUACAGUAUGGUUCUUAUGCAUAUUUCUUUCAUGUGCAGUUGCCUAUGAUCCUUUGGAUCCAACUGGGAACAUAACAAUCAAAUGGGAUGUAAUGUCUUGGACACCAGAUGGUUAUGUGGCUGUUGUGACAAUGAACAAUUUUCAAAUGUACCGGCACAUCAUGAGCCCGGGCUGGACCCUGGGCUGGACAUGGGCUAAGAAAGAAGUAAUAUGGUCCAUGGUUGGGGCACAGACCACAGAACAAGGGGACUGUUCUAAGUUCAAAGCUACCAUACCACAUUGUUGCAAAAAGAAUCCAACGGUGGUGGACUUGCUCCCUGGUGUUCCUUACAACCAGCAAUUCAGCAACUGCUGCAAAGGUGGAGUCAUGUCUUCGUGGGGCCAAGAUCCACAGGCUGCCAUCUCGGCCUUCCAAGUUAGCGUUGGCCAAGCCGGUACCUCUAACAAGACUGUAAAGCUUCCAAAGAACUUUACCUUGUUAGGUCCUGGACCAGGCUACACUUGUGGUCCUGCAAAAGUUGUUCCUUCAACCAAUUUCCUCACAACUGAUCGGCGCAGGAAAACUCAGGCCCUGAUGACAUGGAAUGUGACAUGUACCUUUUCACAGUUUCUAGCCCGGAAACACCCCAGCUGUUGUGUCUCAAUUUCGUCCUUCUACAAUGAAACAAUCACUUCUUGUCCUUCUUGUGCUUGUGGCUGCGAAAACAAAAAUAAAUGCAUCAAGAGCGACUCGAAACUUCUUAAUAUGGUUGGGAUAAACACUCCAAGAAAAGAUAACUCGCCCCUUUUACAGUGCACGCACCAUAUGUGCCCAAUCCGGGUGCACUGGCAUGUUAAGGUCAAUUACAAGGACUACUGGCGUGUGAAGAUAGCAAUAACUAAUUUUAACUACAGAAUGAACUACACACAAUGGACUCUUGUUGUACAGCAUCCAAAUCUGGACAAUGUGACCCAAGUUUUCAGCUUCGAUUACAAGCCUCUGGCACCCUAUGCAUCCAUCAACGACACCGGAAUGUUUUAUGGCAUGAAAUUCUACAAUGACCUGCUGAUGGAAGCUGGGCCGUCUGGGAACGUGCAGUCAGAAGUUCUUAUGCAGAAGGACAAGAACACCUUUUCCCUCAAGCAAGGAUGGGCGUUCCCCAGGAAAGUAUAUUUCAAUGGUGAAGAAUGCAUGCUGCCCCCACCGGAUUCUUAUCCGUCUCUAGCAAAUUCUGCUCAUCCAAGUCGAGUUUCUAUCUCAACAUUGUUCAGUUUUGGACUUCUGGUUUUUGUUGUAAUGUGGGGAUGAGUUUCCAAAUUUUAAUAGUAUUGGAAAUUUUGAAGACAAAGAACGGAGACUCUCAGUGAUUCAAUGAUUAUUGGUCCAGUAAUCCUAGCAACAUAAAAAAUUUAAACCUCUGUUUACUAUUUGUAUGUGGCAUUUGUCAAAUUGUUCUUAUUCUAUACUUCUGCGAGCGAACUACCUACGAUAUGGGACAAUUUACCGUGGGGGGCUUAUUCUUUACAGGAAGCUUCAUCAGACACUAUCUCAUUAGAGUUCGAGUGCUUUCUUUAGGAAUGAUGCCUAACCUCAUCUGAGAUCAGCUGCACUGGCUGAAAUGUCGGCAGGAUUUGUAUAAAGAAGCGAGUGCAUAUUGAAGCUUAGACGAAGACUCUGUAUUUGGAAUUAAACUUUUACAGCUCUAGUAAUACUAUGAACUGAAAAA